AUGGACUCGAUGAGGUCUCUCAACACCUCGCUACCCUCGACUCGGCCUGCUCCGCCUGAACAACUCCUCCAAGCCUUCCGGACCGCUGCCCUCUCCGUCACAAACCUAUACAAGUCAGCAGUCACAGAUCAAAAUGCCAGCCGUCAAGCUGGAUAUCAAGAUGCUCUGGAGGACCUGCUUAGUUUCCUGGAUAAAGAGAAUCUCGGUCUACAAGAUGGCGAGGGCUGGAGGGUGAGGCAGUGGGCUACGGAAAGAUAUGAAGGGUCUACCCAUCAUCACCAAAUCGAAAGUGAUGAUGAAAGAAGUGAAUCCGGGCAAAGACUACGAGGUGCCACUCCAGCAGGCGAACAACCGGUCAUAACUCCAACAGCCCGGUCUGAACCUGCGAGAGCAGAGUCCGGUACCCAAACCGACGAUACCCAAAUUCCUCUUCUCCAGGAUCAGGCGACGUCGACCCCCAUGUUCUACUUCGGUGGAAUCUCAGCUCCAACAUCACUCGACGACAUGCAGACCGAUGAGGACGGCAAUUCACCCUCGGAAGCUCAGGGCUCUUCAUCAACGUCAGGCAACGCGAAUCGGGCAAGUCUUGUCAACAACCGAGGAAAUCGCACACCCCAUAGAAGCGGUAACCAAAGACACGGAACACGAUCAUCGACGAGAGAAUUUACUUUCACAGCCGGCACUAAGCGCAAAUUUCAGAUACCCGACUUCUUUGACAUUUCCAACAUUGGACCAAGGGAUGGAUUCGAAAGCAGCAAGAAGGGACGUAUUUCAUGA